UCCAUCUUUACCUCCAUUCUCUCCAUUUCUCUUUAUCUUCAUUCUCUCCUUCUCUCUCCAUCUUUACCUCCUUUCUCUCUAUCUUUACCUCCAUUCUCUCUUUUUCUCUUCAUCUUUAUCUUCAUUCUCUCCUUUUCGCUCCAUCUUUACCUCAAUUUUCUCCUUUUUUCUGCAUCUUUUCCUUCUUUUCUCUCAUCUUUCCCUUCAUUUUUUCCUUUUCUCUCCAUCUUUAUCUCCAUUCUCUUCUUUUAUCACAAUCUUUAAUUCUCACCUUUUCUUUCCAUCAUUACCUUCAUUUACUCCAUCGUUACUUCAUUCUCGCCUUUUCUCUCCAUCUUUACCUUCAUUUUCUCCUUUUCUCUCCAUCUUUACCUCAAAUGUUCUCCUUUUUUCUGCAUCUUUGCCUUCUUUUCUCUAAUCUUUCCCUUCAUUUUCUCAUUUUCUCUGUAUCUUUACCUCCAUUCUCUCCUUUUAUCACCAUUUUUACAUUUUAUUCUCACAUUUUCUCUCCAUCUUUACCUUCAUUUUCUCCUUUUCUCUCCAUCUUUACCUCAAAUGUUCUCCUUUUUUCUGCAUCUUUGCCUUCUUUUCUCUAAUCUUUCCCUUCAUUUUCUCAUUUUCUCUGUAUCUUUACCUCCAUUCUCUCCUUUUAUCACCAUCUUUACCUUUUAUUCUCACAUUUUCUCUCCAUCUUUACAUUCAUUCUCUCCUCUCUCCACCUUUACCUCCAUUCUCUCUUUUUCUCUCUAUCUUGACCUUCAUUCUCUCCUUUUCUCUUCAUCUUUACCUUCAUUCUCUCCUUUUCCCUCCAUCUUUACCUCAAUUUUCUCCUUUUUUCUGCAUCUUUGCCUUCUUUUCUCUCAUCUUUCCCUUCAUUUUCUCCUUUUCCCUUUAAUCUUUACCUCCAUUCUCUCCUUUUAUCACCAUAUUUACCUUUUAUUCUCACCUUUUCUCUCCAUCUUUACCUUCAUUCUCGCCUUUUCUCUCUCUCUUUACCUACAUUUUCUCCUUUUCUUCAUAUCUUUACCUCCAUUUCGUCCAUUUAUCUCUAUCUUUAACUUAAUUGUCUCCUUUUCUCUCCAUCUUUACCUUUAUUCUCUCUCUUUCACUCCAUCUUUACCUCCAUCUUCUCUCCACGUCAUCCUCCAUUCACACGUCACUUCCUGUGCAGAGCUUCCAGAGGUGUUCCUCCUCCAGAAGACGCCAUCCUCUCCGGUCACCUGCAUGGCGACAGGUUUCUACCCCGACCUAGCCGACUUGUUUUGGAGGAAAGACGGCGAGCAGAUCUUCGAGGACGUGGAGCACGGAGAGCUGCUCCCCAACCACGACGGAACCUUCCAGAUGUCGGUGGAGCUGAAAGUGGAGGUGACGGCCGAGGUGGAGGGCAAGUACGAAUGUGUGUUCCAGCUGUCUGGCGUCAAGGAGGACCUGGUCACCAAGCUGGAGAGAAGAAGCAUCCUGAGCAACGCAAGCCAUGAAGGCAACGUGAGCGUCACUGCCACGCUGGCGGUCCUCGCUGUGGUGGUCCUCCUGGCGGCCGGCAUCUUCAUCAUCAUCUUCAUCAUCAAGCGUCGCCGAAGCAGACAAGCCGAAUACGAUCCAGCUGCUGGUGACGCUGGUAACGAGCUCUCAGAGAGACGUGAAGGCUGAAGGCUGAGUGAGACACAGUGAGGACUUUUCUUUUUCAUGCACCUCCAAAUGUUCUUCUGACUUUGUGUGAAGAUGAUGUUCAACUUGGCUCUCACUCUGCCACAUGCUAACAUCUGCACUUGGAUUCACCUGCUUUUGUUGGGAAUGUGCUGAGUCAUCUUCUUCCUCCAGGAUGCUUUGUGCACUGGAACACAGAGAGAUGUCUCCAUCGCUGAGGGACCUCAUCACACUUGGACAUUUCUUUCACAUCUGCACUAAUUGCUCCUCAUCUCAUCCAUCAUGUCUUCUUUGGGUGUUUAUGGCUGAGAAAACACCUUCAAUCUGCAUUUGUCAACAAUAUUUUGCCAGUGAAUCAUGUUGAUGUUGAUCUUUGUGUCCAUGUAGUUGUGAUGUCAUCAUUUGGGGCUCACGUGUCAUCACAUUGACAAGGAUGUCUUCUUUCCUUUUCAAACCAAUAGACAGCUGCUUAUCAGUGAAUAUCA